UGUUUUCGAGAUUCCGUCGCGUGCGGUUCGCUGUCCGAUCUCCCCACGUCGCUCGCUCAGUAAUCCAGGCCGGAUCCGGCGGUGUUUCGACGUCCCGCGCACAAAGUUAUAUUUAAUUUUCGAGUUUCCUGAAUGAACACAUAUGUAUCGCGCCAAGUAAACGCACAAGAAGCGAGAAAAAAGCGGUGAAAAUUAAGCAAAUCAAUCCGCGGUCGACCAUUUUUGGUUGGCACUGCUUCACUGCUGUCGUCGCAGCUUUGCCGCCCAAUUUGUCCAAGUCACAAGUCGCAGGACGGCGAAAGUUUUCGCGAAAAGUAAUUUGCAACACGUGUGUUUGCACGGUGCGUAUGAGCAAUAUUCGACAGCAAGCUUGUGUUAGUGCCCAGUGUGAUCGCGAGUAAGUGUGUGUGCGUGAGUGAGCACAUGGCUUCGAUUUGAAGAGCUUGAAAAAAUGCACAUCAAGGAAAAGUCGCACGGCCAGAAUCACCGCCUUCUUGGCCACCUCUAACACUGCGGAUAUAGCACAAUUUAAAUCAGAGAGCAUAGCAACUGAGCUCACACCCAAACAAAAAGUAAAAAGUAACAAACAAAAACUAACAAACUCGGAUACGUAUCAACAAUAAAUAAUCAAAAUACAGAGCUCAAAACACCAAAGAAUUUAGCAACUACUAGUUUAGGUUACACAACUCACUAGAUCGACUCCUUCUGUAACUUAUUUCAAGGACACCUUGAAAUCAGCCAAUCACUAUCCAUCCGGAUAUCCUAUUUCCGCACAAAAUGUUACAGCAUCCCGCCACAGAUUUCUACGAUUUGGCCGCGGCCAAUGCGGCUGCCGUUCUCACCGCCCGUCACACGCCUCCUUAUAGUCCCACUGGUCUCACCGGAUCGGUGGUCCUGCACAACAACAACAACAACAACAAUAACACCAGCAACAACAACAACAACAGCAGCAGCACCCUUGACAUAAUGGCGCACAACGGCGGCGGAGCAGGCGGUGGCCUCCACCUGAACAGCGGCAGCGGUAGCGGAGGCGGAGGCGGAGUGGUCAGUGGUGGAGGCUCCGGCGGCAGGGAGAAUCUGCCCAGCUUCGGCUUCACCCAGGAGCAGGUGGCGUGCGUCUGCGAGGUUCUGCAGCAGGCGGGCAACAUCGAAAGACUGGGCCGCUUCCUCUGGUCGCUGCCACAAUGUGAUAAGCUGCAGCUGAACGAGUCCGUGCUGAAGGCCAAGGCGGUCGUCGCAUUCCACCGGGGACAGUACAAGGAGCUGUACCGCCUGCUCGAGCAUCACCACUUCUCGGCCCAGAAUCACGCCAAGCUCCAGGCCCUGUGGUUGAAAGCGCAUUAUGUGGAAGCCGAAAAACUGCGCGGAAGACCCUUGGGUGCUGUUGGCAAAUAUCGUGUUCGCCGUAAAUUUCCAUUGCCCCGCACCAUCUGGGAUGGCGAGGAGACGAGCUACUGUUUUAAGGAAAAAUCCCGCUCGGUACUGAGGGACUGGUACUCGCACAAUCCGUAUCCAUCGCCGCGGGAGAAACGCGAUCUGGCCGAGGCCACAGGACUGACCACCACGCAGGUUUCCAAUUGGUUCAAGAACCGACGACAAAGAGAUCGAGCUGCCGAACAUAAAGACGGCUCUACGGACAAGCAGCACCUUGACUCCUCCAGCGACUCCGAGAUGGAGGGCAGCAUGUUGCCCAGCCAGAGUGCGCAACAGCAGCAGCAGCAGCACUCGCCCGGCAACAGCAGCGGCAACAACAACGGCCUGCAUCAGCAGCAGCUGCAGCACGUCGCCGCCGACCAGAGCCUGCAGCACCAUCCGCACCAGCCACAUCCCGCCAGCAACAUCGCCAGUGUCGCCACCAAGAGCAGCAGCGGGGGCGGCGGUGGCAGCGGAGGGGGCGUAAGUGCGGCGGCCGCUGCCCAAAUGCAAAUGCCCCCGCUGACCGCCGCCGUGGCCUAUUCGCACCUGCACAGCGUGAUGGGCGCCAUGCCCAUGACCGCCAUGUACGACAUGGGCGAGUACCAGCACUUAUGAUUCUAGUUGGAGGCGGCCGCUGCCGCCGGUGGCAGUGGUGGGGUCAGCGGCGGGGUCAGCGGCAACAGCAGCAGCCACAUUGCCCUGCAGCAGCGACAGCGCCAGCAGCAGCAGCAGCAGCAGCAGCAGUGUGAGAGCUUCUACUUUUGAGGAUGGCAACCUAGCAAUAUCGCCGGACUCCUUCGGCAUAGCAGCUUAAACUUCACAUAUCGCCCGAUUGCUGAAAAGCUGUCUUAAGUCGAUAUUCAGCUUCCAAAUGCUUGGCAAGGGAAUUCCAGUUUACGACCCGAUUGAGAACUUAUCGGGUAACCAUAUCAAGCCGCAGUGGCAAUUGGAUCAGUCAACUCAAGAAGUUGGCCUAAAGUGGCUUAGAGGAAGCGCGGCAUCAAACAUGACAGUAUUUUGGCCAAUUACCGAAAUGCAAUCAUAGCCCCUCAUUUUCCGCAUAACUUGGCAUUUCCGCAGCCAGAAAUAGAGAGGGAUAUAGAAUUGGAGCUGCAGCACAAUCUCCUGGAUAAAACACUUUGAACAAUGACUACGGCAUCGAUCUGUGUAAAUAGCUAGGCUUUAGUUUAGUGCGGUUGGGAGGCCAACCAAAAUGCAAAUCAAAUCGAAACGUGCAAAAAUUAUAUACAUAUAUACCUACGUACAUACAUGCAUAAAUUAUACACUUUUAAUUGUAGCCCCUAGUUAUUUUAUUUUUGU